GAUAUCUGGCCUUCGUGAAAUUGCACUCGUUCAGCUUGCACGCUGGAAUUUGUUACACACUUCUAUUUUUUGAAGCUCUAUGCGUAAGAUACAUGUACAUGACUACCGAAGACGUCAAUUUGUAAUUUUUUCUGCGCAUUUCGAUAGUGUACCCUGAAGAUCUCCCUGACAUAUUUUAGCAGGUAGAAUGGCGACUCCGGAGAUGACGGAAGCGGCCAGCAAGGUUGUAGCUGAGCCUAUGUUUGGUGUGCUGGACAUCCUUCUGAUGAGUGUCAGUCUAGGCAUUGGAGUCUACUGGUUCUUCUUCCGAGGGAAGAAACCUGCUGAGCAACCUACUGUGGUCAAGAAGCUGUCAGUUGCGCCAACAUUAACAAGAAGCAGUAAUAUGGGGUUCAUUGCUAAAAUGAAGUCAUCGGGUAAAAACGUGGUGGUAUUUUAUGGAUCUCAGACGGGCACUGCGGAGGAGUUUGCGACGCGGUUAGCCAAGGAUUCCCAGCGGUUUGGAUUGAAGGGAAUGAUAGCAGACCCAGAGGAAUGUGAAAUGGAGGACCUGUCUCAGUUAUCAGAAAUCGAGAACUCCUUGGCUAUCUUCUGUAUGGCCACGUAUGGCGAGGGUGACCCAACAGAUAAUGCACAAGAGUUCUAUGACUGGCUACAAGAAGGAUCUGUUGGGCUCGCUGGCCUCAGAUAUGCUGUCUUUGGUUUAGGGAACAAGACUUAUGAACACUACAAUGCCAUGGGCAUCUACGUGGACAAACGUUUGGAUGAACUAGGGGCAGAGAGAAUCUAUGAUCUGGGCUUGGGAGAUGAUGACGGAAAUAUGGAAGAAGAUUUUGUGACAUGGAGAGAGCAGUUUUGGCCAGCUGUUUGUCAGCGAUUUGGUGUUCAAGCUACUGGAGAUGAAACAAGUAUCCGUACAUACGCUCUCAAAAUUGAGGAUUUCUUACCAGAGAAGGUAUUCACCGGUGAAGUUGCCAGGCUGGGAUCCUUCAAAACACAGAAACGGCCGUUUGAUUCCAAGAACCCCUUCCUUGCACCAGUCAGAGUCAACCGCGAGUUGCAUAAGGGAGGAGAGAGGUCUUGUAUGCACAUCGAGUUUGACAUCACUGAUUCUAAGAUCAGAUAUGAAGCAGGUGACCAUGUGGCGGUAUUCCCAAUUAAUGACCCGGUGUUGGUUGACAGGAUAGCCCAGCUCCUCGGAGCUGACAUGGACGUUGUCAUUAGCCUGGAUAAUAUGGACGAGGAAGCCAGCAAGAAGCACCCAUUCCCUUGUCCCUGUUCGUACCGUACUGCGUUCUCCCACUACUUGGACAUCACUUCACCUCCUCGUACCAACGUCUUGAAGGACAUCGCUGAGUAUGCCUCAGAUCCCAAAGAGAAGGAGUUCCUGCUUUUGUUGUCAUCCGCUACACCAGAGGGCAAGAGAGAGUACAGUGAGUGGGUGAUCCAUGACCAUCGUAGCAUCGUUGCUAUCCUGGAAGAUCUUCCUUCUCUCAAACCUCCUUUGGAUCAUCUGUGUGAGCUGUUACCUCGCCUCCAUGCUCGUUAUUACUCCAUUUCAUCCUCACCAAAGCUGCACCCGAAUAGCAUCCAUAUCACGGCUGUGCUGACUCGUUACACCACCCGUGUGGGUCGACUGGUCAAUGGUGUAGCCACCUCUUGGCUAAAGGGAAAAGUUCCCAAUGGACCCCAGCACAUCCCGACAGUGCCCAUCUAUGUCCGCAAGUCACAGUUCCGCCUGCCCUUCAAGCCAUCUACGCCUGUAAUCAUGGUGGGACCUGGCACAGGAUUAGCUCCUUUCAGGGGCUUUAUUCAGGAGAGAUACCACUCCAAGGAAGCAGGUAAGACACUGGGAGAGACCAUCUUGUUCUUUGGUUGCCGUCAGCGAGACCACGACUACAUCUAUGAAGAAGAACUAAAGGAUUACCAGGAGAACGGAACACUCUCAGCAGUCUACGUGGCGUUCUCCAGGGAACAGGCAGAGAAGCAGUAUGUCCAACACCUUAUGGUGCAUCAGAAAGAGAAGAUCUGGCAACUUCUUGAACAGGGUGGACACAUUUACGUCUGCGGGGAUGCCCGCAACAUGGCGCCAGACGUUCAGAAAGUGAUUAGAACCAUCAUUAGCGAGCAUGGCGACAAGAGCCACCAGGAGGCAGAGGAUUACAUCAAGAGGUUACAGUCCAAAGGCCGCUAUGCCUGCGACGUCUGGAGUUAAUCCAAUCAAGAGAACGACCCCCAAACAACACCAGACCCAGACAAGACAGCGACGAUGUGCGGAAAAAACACACUACUCUUUGCCAAACUUAUUUCCCUCAGAAUUCUGAAUUUCUGGUUUCCUGCCUUGAACACGUCGUAUUACGCUAAUUAGUAACGUGUAUAAAAAUACGAGUUUUUGUUAGUAACCACAUAAGAUUGCAGAGUGACCAGAAGUGCGCAAUACAUGUCGGUUUAUAUAAUAAUCGGCAACUUAAAUCUUGAACUAUUUUCACACAGGAAUAAAUUCUGUGGAUUGGUCCAGCUGAAAGCUGGUAAAUUUUGGGUCACUUUUCAAGUGUGCUUGUGCAUGUGCACACUCACACAUUCAGGCAUUUGAAAUCCAUAUGAUCAGAAUUUGAAGUCUGUAAAGCAUAUCACUGUGCUAUCAAUCACUCCCCUUUCACAGUAACCAGAGAGUCUUUGUCUAUUUUUUACAGCUGUUUGCCUGUAAUUCUCUGGAUACCUCAUAGCAACACACUCUACCUGCCCAGUCAUACCGAGGCAUAAUCAUUUUGUAGUUCAGAACCUAACUUUCACAUUGUACCUCAAGAUAUAGUCAGAUCAUUGUGGUUUAGUGAUUGCGUGUGUGGCACUUCAGGUGCUGGCUUGACCGAGACAUGAGCUUGUGUCUUCAGACAGUCAUUAUUUCUGGCUUUGGCCAUGUUCUACAGUGAGUCGGUAGCAAAACUUAAUCCAUAGCCAUAUAAUAGGGGAUUUGGAUUGUGCUUGACUGAGCAUUUCAACAUGACUGUGUAGAAGGGAUGUACAUGUAUACUGUGUUGUCACAGGGCAAUCCCAAACCACUUUGUGGGUGUACUGAUAAAGGGACAACAGACCGGCCUCACAUUAGGAUUCAUUUGAGAAAUAGGAGUAUGUGUAAUUGGUUUCAUUGAGUAAGGUGUGGUCUCAUUCAGGAAGUCUAGAGGAAUCUGAUUGGAGAUUUGCUGGUGAUUUAAUAACAAAUUUCAAAAAGUAUCGGGGAAAACAAAACAACAAAAAAAAAGAAACGGGGUUUUCUUGAUGAAGGUGAACUCUUGAGUUUUAAAGCCAAGCAACGUGGAAUUCCAGCUUACUGUGUUUCUUAACUUCUCAGAUCUAACACACCCAAAUUAAGGAUUAUAUCGGCAUCGGUCUGUCGCCAACAAUCUGGUGAACCAAAGUUCAAAGAAUUCCUGAACCGAUGUAAGGUAAACGUUUUGGGGCGGUCUCCACCUUGUAAAUGUCUGCAUUGUGUAAUUUUUAAAAGUGUAAUGAUGUAUUGAACAAAAUUGAAGGCAACAUAAAAUCUUGGCUUGAAGCUUUUGUGUACAUUUUUGGCUUAAACACAUAAACAGCAUAGUUAUACAAAUUUUAUCCAGUUUAUCAUUAAAUCAGGUUUAAUCAAUCAGUGUGAUAGUUACGUAAUGUUUAACCCGUUCAGCAUAAUUUAACAAGUAGACAGCAUAGAAUGUUUUUUUCUGUCUCAUUAGAUGUAGUUUUUAAAUUAAAUAGUAAUCGCAGGUGUUUUAUUUGUAUUUCCCAAGUAAAUGUACUGUUUGUUAAAAAAUAAAAAAGGGAGAUAGGUUGAGAACAAGUUUUGUAAGAUUAGACUGAGUAAAGACUAUGAGAAGGGAUGGAAAUCAUACUUAAAUUGAGAAAAACCUGGAGGUGCACUUGUGCGUGAGAUCAUGGGGAAAUAACUGGGAAGAUGGAACACUUUUACGAUGUUCUUGAAGUCUGAGGUUCAGAUCCCUGUAGGGCUGGGUAACUCUUUAGAACACUGUUCUGGAAUUCUGAAACUCCAAGGUUCAAAAGCUGCUUCUGUCAAGUUAUUUUUGCUUGGUCUGAUAUAAAUGUUUCCUGCAAUGAACUUUGUUGCCCAUUAUGUGGAGUUAAUUCCAAAAUUAGGGGUUAAAUUGAAAUGAUUUAUGUUUUUUGUAGAAUUUGAAGUGAGUUUUCUGAGUUCUGUCAACGGUUAGCCAACAGAAAUCAUUGAUGUAAGGAAAGUGAGACUUGUUAUAAAGGGACUUGUAGUUAAGAUAUUUUGUUAAUAACUGUGAUCAUGUUUAAUGUCAUUGUAUACUGUUGUAAUGUCGCAUGGUUAGUAUUACCUCAGUCAUGUCCGUUUUGAACUCGGCAGACGUAUUAGAAUUUGACGUUUUUGAAUUGUAAUAACCGGUACUCACGGGAAAUGAAGCUGCAUCAUUGAUGUCAUACCCUUCCCGGGAAAAAAAAAGAAAUCUGUUCAAUAUUAGUCUUGACCAUUUUCAUGGAUGUAUCUUAGACCAAGCUGCAAUUUUUUUCGCCAAACGGUUGCGGUUUUCCGUCUUGUGACUGGUCUAUUCUACACAUAUCUAAUGCACAGUUCUUGACCACACAAACCAAACUCAGGCUUUCAAUGGCAUGAGAAUGUUCCUUCCUCACUUGUUAUUUACAAGUUUCAAAAUAGAAAUAAAAUUGAGUGGAUUCAAACCUUGGACUGGGGGUUUCAAGUCAGGACUACUUCUGACCAGUCCAUGCCCCUGCAGCCAAGCAUCGGUGGUUUUAACACCAUUAUUUCUAAUUAUACAACUUCUCUUUAACGUUAACACUCCUCAGUCCUCCAACAGGUGAAGGAUUGAGGAGGGUUAGGGUUAAAGCCUUGGACAAGAUUAUGUAAGCACAGAGGGCACCCUCUUUCGAAACCGUCAGAUCCCUGUUUGGGGGGAAAAAAAUCAGUGACCAGGCCAGCUGCAUUGGUAGAAGUUAGUCUUAAUUUACAGGGAUGCGUUCAUCAGUUGUGGACGUAAUACGUGGAACUUUUUAAAGAAUUGUAUUUAAAAUAUGGCUGAUUUUUAAUUAGAAAGUAAUUUAAUAUCGGGACCAUUUUUGCAUAUAGGAUUUAGUAAACUACUACCACUGAGAAAAAGAACGCUUUUUAUUGGGAAGGGGAACCGAUUCAUAGCGUCUCUUUACUCCCUCUAACAUUGAAAUGGAAUUGCUCGGAGAAAAAAGUUUCCCGGUGUUGUAUAUUUCAAUCAGUUGAAAAGGCUUUAUGAUUCUACUGAGUCAGUUCAAGCGGUGCCUUGUAAACUUGUAGAAAAAGUCGAAAAUGUGGAUGCCUCAAAUUUUUGUCUGGGCCUGCCCAUGCUGAAUAUUGGGUAAAAGAUAUGCAUCAUUACAAGAUGUAUAGUAAGUCCCAAUGUCACUACGCAUGGUCAGUUUGUAGAAAUGGCUCAGAUUUCAGUGGGGUCAGAAUUUCAUGCAACACCAUCUCACAGGAUCUGGGGGGGUCUGCCAAGGCCUACCGAAUUGAAGUGUUUCAGAGUCACUAAUUAGUAAAAUGGGAAUAAGUAUACUUGUACAUAUCCACAAAGUAGAGGCAAUGCAGAUGUGUCAACAGUAAUAAGAACUGAUGUAAAUUAACGAGUUUUUAAGUAAUUUUUUCUACACAAAGUCAUAUUAUGUCAGUAUGCUGUGUGUUGUUGCAUGUAUAAUUGCUUUUUUACUCACCAAAGAAUAUUGAUGUGUAAUCAGAGGAAUUUUGUGGAAUGGAUAUGAAUAUCUGGUAGAUUUUGUUGUGGGGGGAGGGUAGAAUAAUAUAUUGUUGAUAAAUGCAUAUUUCAAUACUUCCCUGCAUCCAAGACAGUUUUCACAAGUUGUCUGUGCACUUCAUUUUCAUAAUUCUGAUGUCUGCUUGAAGAUAUUCCUGGCUUUUAGUGUUCAAAUUUCUUUUCAGCUCAGAAAGAAUGCAAAGUGUAUCGUUACAGCUUCAAUUAUUGGUUUUAAUCUGUAGGAUAAACAUUUCGGUGGAGUUCAUUUCUUUGCUUCAAGGAAUGAGCAUUUUGAUUCAGUAUUUAGCUGGUUGUGUUUAUAACUGCGCUUUGCCAGAACUUGAGGACACAGAAGAACCUCGCACGUGGAAUUCGUCGAGGUCAACUAGGCUGUAAAUAUUGCUUUGAAAAUGAACUUGAGCAAAACUUACUGAACAUGAGCAAGUAGCAGUAUGUAUUACUUUGUAAGCUGUGUGCUUCGCAGUCUUGUGAUGUUGAGAUUAUUACUUAAAACGUGACAAAAUGCUGUAUAUUUUGUUAUGAACUGACAAUUACACGGAAGUCUGACACAUCAUGCUUCAAAAUAAUUUGUGCAUCACUGUCAUUUAUGGCUAACUGUUGCAAGUUUUUAUAGCUUUUUUCCUCAAAGUCAAAAUGAAUUUGAUGUUUUGCAUUUCCACUAAGUUGCAGAUGAAUGGUUGUUAUAGUUUUUCUUUGCUCUCCAAAUAAUUGGUGUCAGAAUCCAUUUAAAAUUUGUAGAACUCAUUCUGAAUAUGUCCGUUUGAAGUUUGGGUUCUAAUUUCUUUUUCAUCUUGUAAGGUUUGAAAUUAGGUUAGCAGAUUCAAGCAUAUGUCAUUCCUAUCUUUUGUCUUCUACUAAAUAUUAAUGUUAAUUAUUAGAAAUGAACACUUGUACAUAUAAGUUUGAAUUCAUUUUACACAAAAGACUAAUAAAUAUUGGAAUUUUUUGCACAAGA